AUGCCUUCUUACAUGGAGACUUGGAGGAAGAUGUCUAGUCUAAUGGAUUUACCACUAGGAUGUAAUGUAGCUCAUGACAAGAAAAAUCAGCCUACUGACACACUCAUUGAGAUGAAUCAAAAGCUGUGUGAAGAUAUGGACUGGGUGCCUACCAAUAAGGAACAAUACCAAUACCUUGUUGGAAGGAAUGCAGUUGAUCGAAUCUUAAGAUAUUUAAAGGCAGCCCCUGGAAAUGGACUAAUGUUCUCCAAGAAUGGAAAUCUUGGAGUUGUUGGAUAUACAGAUGCUGACUCGGCUGGUUCCAUUACAAGUAGAUGCUCUACAUCAGGUUACUUUAUAUUCGUUGGAGGUAACCUUGUCACUUGGAGGAGUAACCGGUCUAAUGCAGAAGCAGAGUAUAGAUGA